AUGGCAAAAUCAAAUUCAAACUAUCUGGUUAUUGUUCUGAAUGGAGAUAGAAGAGAAGUAGAUCUGUCUCAAAUCAAACCAUCAACUAGUCUGCUCUCUUAUCUUCACUGUCAUAUCGAUUACAAAGGAGCUAAACUUGGCUGUGGAGAAGGUGGGUGUGGGGCUUGUGUGAUGUUCUUAUCAAAAUACAAUUCUGAUUCACAGAAGAAAGAUGGAUUUUCAAUAUCUUCUUUCUUGACACUAUUGGGUUGUAUAGCUGGUUGUUCCAUCAUAACUUCUGAAGGCCUUGGGAAUUACAGGGAAGGUUAUCAUGCUAUCCACAAAACGAUUGCAGGUUUUCAUGCAUCACAGUGUGGGUACUGCAUUCCAAGAUGGUGCAUGUCUCUUUAUGGUGCUCUUCAUCAGGCCGAAGCUAAAGGAGCACAUGAACUUAGACAGGGGUUUUCAAACCUUUCAGUUUUGGAAGCAGAAAAAUCUAUUGCAGGCAACUUGUGCAGGUGUACUAGCUACAGACCCAUUGCUGAUGUGUGUAAGAUUUUUGCAGAAGAGAUUGAUUUGGAAGACUUGGGUCUCAACUCCUUUUGGAAAAAGAAAGAAAUCCCAGACCCAAAUAAACUUCCUAAAUAUGAUCGAACUGCAAUCCAAACAAACCCCAAAUUUUGUAGCCAAAAGUGUGAAGAAUCGGGAACUCCCACGUUGAAUUUUGCUUAUAAGGAUGAAUUUGAUGGAGAACAAUGCAUUUGGAUUAGACCAUCCAACUUGCAGGAGACUUUGGGAACUUUGAAAGAAACUGCCAAGGAAAAUGUUGAACUUAAUCUGGUUGUAGGUAAUACUAGUGUUGGGAUCUACAAAAAUGUAAGACCUAAAGUAUUUGUUGAUAUCAGUAAUAUUCCAGAGCUAGAGAUUAUUUAUAGGCAUGAAUUUGGGAUUGAAAUUGGAGUAGCUGUAACCAUUGCCAAUCUCAUUGAAGUCCUGGAGGAUACCAAUGAUGUUUUGAAUCCUGGAAAACUAAUUUAUCCUAGAAAUUUAAUCUUUGAGAGCAUUGCUAAUCACAUAAAAAAGGUGGCCUCUGGAUUUAUUAGAAAUACAGGGGAGGUCUUAGAUUGUUUCCUUGCGGAAACCCUUCUUGGUACUGAUGCAGCUGCAGGAGGUGUUCCGGUAGCUUUCCUCUUCCUUGUUUUUUCAGAGGGCUUUGCCCUACCAGAGGAUGACGGUGAACUAGUAAGAGCAAUAGGUGUUGCUGUAGGAGAAACAGCUGUAGGGGAAGGUGCUGUAGGAGAAGGGCAUUGCCUUUUCUGA